ACGCCACCCCCUCCGACGCCUCACACCAACACCGCCUUCACCCGAGGUUCUGCCUCACAUGCCGCAGCUCCAAACAGGGGAAACCGAGCAUAAUAAAAAAGACUUUCCUUCAUUUCAGCUUGUUUCGGAGUCUGGAGUUAAGUCUGCAGCCAGGCUUCGGCUCAGAACAUGCUCACCCGCGGUGUCUGUUGGAUUGUUUCACAGGCAGAACCGGACGGGACCUUGGGUGGCAUCUUCUACUUCCACUCCUUGUCACAGGUUGGGACGCUGCUCGUCAAUCAUGGGCAGGCCAAGUUCAGCUACUCGGACCACCCCCUGAACCUCACCUUUGUGCUGCCCUUUAACUACAGUGAGCCGCUGGAGGUCCUCAUCGUGCCCGGACAGAGAGGCUUUCUCAUCUUCUGGUUUGAGAAGAGCCUCUUGGUUUCCGUAAACGAAGGUCAGCUUGUCAAACCCGUUGUGGUGCAGAAAGGACGCCGCACAUUGUAUUCUUCCAUUUCUGAGGCCAACAUCAGCAUCCGCGGCGUGGCUGCCAACACACAUCAGCUGGCAGUUCUAACGCGGGAGAACACUGUGUAUUACGGUAACCUGGGAUACCUGUCCAAUCCCCUGAUCAAA